AUAUAACAACUUCCUGUCUGUCAAUGAAAGUGAAAGCGAUUUAAAACUGGAGCCGCCAUUUUGUCAAGAAACGCGAAUAUGAUUCUGGAAAAAUAAAAAGAUAUUUUUAUUGCCAGUUCCUGCUGUGCGGUGUGACAGUGACAGACAGAAGUGGCCAGGAUCUACAAAAGUCCCUGGUCCAGACAGCCCAAGAACCUGUAAACAAGGACCAGGUUCCAGAACUUCGGUGUGAAAGCGCCUGAUAAGAGUCAGACUACAAUACACGGGACCUGGUUACAACCCCAAUCGUCUAAGCGAUGGCUCACUGUUCCAAUGAGGAGACCCAGACCUCGCUCGCCGACCUCUUGGAGGACUACCUUAAGGAGCUCGAUGAUGAAGAGCUGAAGAUGUUUAAAUGGAAAUUGAGUCGCACAAAAUAUAAAGAGUUUAAGCCCCUUCCCAGGGGUCUGGUGAAGGGCCUGGAUAGAACAGACCUCGCCGAUAAGAUGAUAAGUUCCUACUGUGAAGUCGAUGCUCUCAAUGUCAUGCUUGAAAUCCUGAAGAAUAUGAACCUGAAUGAUCUUGCUCAGAGACUGAAUGAAGACCUACAGAAGGCCACUAUCAUGUCAGAAAGACCAAAGCCCUCCAGUGCCCGAGGAAGAAAAAGAAAAAGAAGAGAGGAGGAAAAACAGGAAAAAGACAGAGGGGAGCUCAUGUCCAGCACGAUCAAAUGUAACCUGAAGCAGAAGUUUGAGCGUGUAUUUGAAGGGAAAGCUAAGGGAGGACUGCCAACACUUCUCAGUGAGAUUUACACAGAACUCUACAUAACUGAAGGUGGAACUGGAGGAGUCAAUGAUGAACAUGAAGUGAGACAGAUUGAAACAGCAUCCAAGAAAAGGCGAACAGAAGACACUACAGUCAAGUGCAAUGAUAUAUUUAAACCCUUAUGUGAGACACCUAUCAGAACUGUACUCACUAAAGGGGUGGCAGGUAUCGGGAAAACAGUCUCUGUGCAGAAAUUUAUUCUCGACUGGGCAGAAGGAAAAGCAAACCAGGAUGUUCACUUCAUAUUUGCUCUUCCUUUCCGGGACCUGAAUUUGAUUAAGUGUGAAUACAGUCUGAUUGAACUGCUUCACCGCUUUGUCCCAGAUCUUAUAUCACUUGAAUCCACUGAGCUGUUUAGGUACAAAGUCUUGUUCAUCUUUGAUGGUCUGGAUGAGUGUCGCCUUCCUCUGGAUUUUCAGAACAAUGAGGGCUGGUUUGAUGUAACAACGAAAAUGUCACUGGAUGUGCUGUUGACUAACCUCAUUAAGGGGAAUCUGCUUCCAUCCGCUCUCCUCUGGAUAACCUCCCGGCCAGCAGCAGCCAAUCAGAUACCUCCUGAGUGCCUCCACCGGGUGACAGAGAUACGAGGGUUCAGUGAUGCCCAGAAGGAGGAGUAUUUCAGGAGGAAAUUCAGUGAUGAGAGCCUGGCCAGCAGGAUUAUCACACAGGUGAAAUCAUCAAGGAGCCUCUUCAUCAUGUGCCACAUACCUGUGUUCUGCUGGAUUUCAGCCACUGUGCUUAAGAGGCUUUUUAGUGAGACUGACAGGGGAGAAAUUCCAAGGACUCUGACUGAAAUGUACACACACUUCCUGAUCUAUCAGACAAGUGUAAAAAAUGACAAGUAUAUGAAAAAUAAUGAAACCAAGCUUAAUGAAUUUCUUUUGAAACUUGGUAAACUGGCUUAUGACAACCUUGAGAAAGGCAAUCUCAUAUUUUAUGAGCAUGAUCUGACAGAGAAUGGCAUUAUUGUCAGUGAAGCUUUAGUUCACUCUGGAUUGUGCACAGAAGUCUUUAAAGAGGAAUAUGGGCUGUAUCAGGAGAAGGUGUACUGCUUUGUGCAUCUGAGCAUCCAGGAGUAUCUCGCUGCUUUAUAUGUGUUUCUAUCAAACUCGUCAGCUGACCUGCUGAAGAAUGCAGUGGAUCAGGCAUUAAAGAGCAAGAAUGGACACUUGGACCUCUACCUCCGCUUCCUCCUGGGCCUCUCAACACACUCCAGUAAGACUCUGUUACAAAGACUACUGGGACAGAGAGGAACCAGGUCACGUAACAUUCAGGAAACAGACCAACACUUACAUCCAACCAAUAUCUGUACCGACGUGUUCUAUUCAGGGCCAUGGAGGUUCAAAGCUUGUUCCCAAAGCAAUGAGUGCAUGGCAGAGAAUGACCCCGUAACGGGUUCCGACCUAGAAUGGGGUUCUGACUCAGAAUGGGGUUCUGAUUCAGAAUGGGGUUCUGACUCAGAAUGGGGUUCUGAUUCAGAAUCGGGUUCCAACCAUUCACCGGCCCAAUACAUCAAGUGGAAAGUCAAGAAGAAAUUAUCUCCAGAUAGAACCAUCAAUCUGUUCCACUGUCUGAAUGAACUGGGUGACAAUUCACUAGUAGAGGAAGUACAAAGAUACCUUCAUUCAGGGCAUCUUUCAGCAGAAGACCUCUCACCUGCACAGUACUCAGCUCUGGCCUUUGUGAUGCUGAUGUCAGAUGAGGAGCUGGAUGUGUUUGAUAUGAAGAAAUACAUCAGAUCAGAUAAAGAGCACAGGAGGCUGCUGCCUGUGGUCAAGAACUCCAGGACGGCUCUGACACUGUUGGGGAAAGCGCCCGGCGUUGACCCGCACAAGGGGCGAGAAACACAGCUCCCACCGUUAACCUAGCGAAUCUCCACCAAUAUAGACACUAUUACCAUUGCAGGCUAUUUGAAUAAAGGAACAAUAUUGGGGCUGAUGAAAAAUUUAUUUGCGUAAAGCUAAAACACACCUAAGAAAAUAAUCACACUAGGACAACCAGCACUAUAGUUCUCAUGGGAACACAAAAGAAGAAUAUAUUAUAGACAAGUAAAAUUAUAUUAAAUCACACUUCACCCUUAUAGACACAGCAACCCACAUUCUGCCCCCACAGGAACUAACACUCGAGGUCCUAGGCAAAAUACAACAAAACACCAUCGACAAACACACAAAGUAUUUAAUUCCCACCCCUUAACUAGGCCCGCGAAAUCAAAGACCAAAUUACAACGAAGAAAAAAAAAAAUACAUUGAGACAGAGGAAAAACCUUUUCUGGGCCCAGAAUGCCGCUGGCGGAGUGUUAACACGCACCAGUCACACGGAUCACAUCUACACCGGGCCCAGAAUGCCGCUGGCGGAGUGUUAACACGCACCAGUCACACGGAUCACAUCUACAACGGGCCCAGAAUGCCGCUGGCGGAGUGUUAACACGCACCAGGCACAGGGAUCACAUCUACAACGGGCACAGAAUGUCGCUGGCGGAGUGUUAACACGCACCAGACACAGGGAUCCCAUCUACACCGGGCCCAGAAUGCCGCUGGCGGAGUGUUAACACGCACCAGUCACACGGAUCACAUCUACAACGGGCACAGAAUGUCGCUGGCGGAGUGUUAACACGCACCAGACACAGGGAUCACAUCUACACCGGGCACAGAAUGUCGCUGGCGGAGUGUUAACACGCACCAGUCACACGGAUCCCAUCUACACCGGGCCCAGAAUGCCGCUGGCGGAGUGUUAACACGCACCAGUCACACGGAUCACAUCUACAACGGGCACAGAAUGUCGCUGGCGGAGUGUUAACACGCACCAGGCACACGGAUCACAUCUACACCGGGCCCAGAAUGCCGCUGGCGGAGUGUUAACACGCACCAGACACAGGGAUCACAUCUACACCGGGCCCAGAAUGCCGCUGGCGGAGUGUUAACAUGCACCAGACACAGGGAUCACAUCUACAACGGGCCCAGAAUGC